GCCUGGCUAUAAAGGUGCCAUGGCCACGCUGAGAGCCCUGGCGCUCUGCAGGCUUGGGGACAGCCAUGAAGGUCGCCCUGGUGCUCCUGGCAGUGGCAGCUCUGUGCCUGGCGUUUUCCACUGCAGAUGCUGCCACACAGAAUGAGGUGGACUGCAGUGAGUACAAGAGGCUGGAGAGAGGGAGGCCCAUUUACUGUGAGAGGCUCUACCAGCCCUACUGUGGCUCUGAUGGCAAAACCUACAACAACAAAUGCUCCUUCUGCAAGGCUGUGCUGAGGAGCAGAGGGGCCCUGCACAUGAAGCAGGCAGGGGCGUGCUGAGGGAGCUGUGCUGAGGGCAGCUCCCCUCUGCCUCUCCUGCCUUUCCUCAUCUGCCCUGCCGAGCCCAGCCUGGCGAGAAGAGCCAGCUCUGCCGUCCUGCUCCGGAGCUGGGGCUGACCCUCCUGUCCUGUGCCUUCACCAGCCCUUCCUUGGAUGUUUGUCUCCGUGGCUGGGGUUCAAAUCCCCUGACAAUGCCCCCAGUCUCCCCACCUCCUUUAUCAAAUGUUUUCUUUCCUUUACCCAGAAACUUUAGCAGAUAUUUUUUUUUUCCUAAAGGUUUUCAGCUUUCCCAGGCACUGCUCUGACUCUCCCAGUUUUGUAGUUGAAUUUUAAGUGCUUAUUUUUCAUCCCUUUCUGUACAAUUCUGGUUCCUGUAUGUUGUUCAGCUACCCAGCAUGCUUGUUUAUUAAAAUAAACCUUCACUCUU